AUGGCUUCCACCACCCGCGGCAGCAACCCCUACAUUCCCGGCCACAAACCCAAGCACAUUGCAAAUCACACAUGGCGAACAGCAGAAAACUCCAGCGCAUACGUCCUUCCCACCCUCAAGGAGAAGGUGCUCAAGAACCCCCAAAUCCAAGCUCUUGACUGCGCCGCAGGUCCAGGCACCAUCACCGCCUCCUUGGCCAAAUAUUUCCCUCAAGGCCACAUUAUCGCCACCGAUCUCUCGCCCGAGAUCGUCGCUCAAGCAGCAGAAUAUGCGCGAAGCAUCGGAGUGACAAAUGUGUCUGCUCAAGUUGCUUCUAUUUACGACUUGCCCUUCGAGUCUGACAAGUUUGAUUUCGUGCACGCGGGGCAGAUUCUCUGUCACUUGGAUCAGCCUCUGAAAGCUUUGAAGGAGAUGAUUCGAGUUUGUAAGCCGGGCGGUAUCGUAGCGGUGAGGGAAUCUGAUGUGAGAAUGUUCAAUGUCUGGCCUGAAGUGAAAGGAUUAAUGGACACUCUGGAGCUUUGGAAACGUGUCAUGGAGGCGAGUGGGGGUUCUUAUAAUAUGGGGGUGCGGUUGUUGAGUUUGGCCUUGGAAGCGGGAAUCGAGAGGAGUGCUAUUCAGGCGUCGAUGGGAACAUGGUCCUAUAGCACUCCCGAGGAAAGAGAGAUCUGGGGCGGAACUAUAGCCGUCAGGCUACGAGAGGGUAAUAUGCGGAAUCUCAUUGUAGAGCACAAACUCGGCUGGACUCUCGAGCAAUUAGACGCAAUGGCAGACGAUUGGGAUAAGUGGAUCGAGACGGAGGACGGCUGGUUUGGUGCAAUGAAUGGCGAGAUCAUCAUUACUAAGCCCUAG